GUUCACUCACAGUCUUGAAGACACCGUGCUCAGACCAACAGACUUGUUAAGACGGUUUUAUUGAAAAUAUAGACGUACAGGAUUAACGUUGUACUUUAGAAAGAUAUCGACGUUCGCGUGCGUAGUUUAUUUAAUACUCGUAACUAUUUGUAGAAAUAGAAAUGAAAGUGGUUGUGGCUUUUCUGUGUUUAUUGGCACUGUUAAGUGUGCUUGGAGAGAAUGCAGUGGAGAGUCGUGGAAUUGAGGGACGUAUCAUAUCUGGUACACCAGCUGCAUUGGGUCAACUCCCUUGGCAGGUAAUUUUAAAGAGAGAUGAAAUGGACGAUUUACUUUGUGGUGGUUCUAUUAUUGCAAAUAAUUGGGUGUUGACCGCAGCUCAUUGCACUUAUGGUUUAAGUUCUAUUUAUUUAAUAUUUGGAACUAUCUUAUUGGAUGAUAGCAAAGCAGUUUCGAUGACCUCUACUAGCAUGUACAUACACGACAAUUAUUCUAGUGCCACUUUGAAUAAUGAUGUUUCUUUAAUUCAAUUGCCACAACCUUUGCAAUUUUCCAAUACAAUUCAGCCUAUUGCCUUGGUGCCAUCAACAAUGGCGAGUGAGAGUUUUAUUGGCACGGUGGCAAUUAUAGCGGGAUUUGGUCUGGUAGAUGAUGAGUACAUGGAUUUCUCACAAACUUUACUUUAUGCACGAGUUGAUAUAAUCAAUAAUAAUGAAUGCCUUAGUAUAUUUGGUGCAGAUGUGGUCGUUAAAUCAACUUUAUGUGCAAAAGGUGAUAAUGGCAGUAACAUGUCAAUUUGCAGUGGAGAUUCAGGCGGUCCAUUAAUAGCACGUGACGCUAAUGGUAACUAUAUGCAAAUUGGUAUUAAUUCAUUUGUGGCACAAGAUAUGUGUACGGAAGGUUAUCCAUCUGGUUAUGUGCGAUUGACAUCCUUCCUUGAUUACAUACAAAAAAUAACAAAUAUCAAUUUUAGUUGAAUUUUGUUUACAGAAAUUAAAUUUUUUUAAUAAA